AUUAAAUGGCCCAAAAUGGUCACAGAAGUGUUUACAUAACCUCAAAAGCGAAUUCUGUACAUUUUAUAAAAAAUAGAAAUAUUUUGGGUAUCCAUAAUUUUGGUCUUGCAAAAUGAUAACUUAUGAAUUAUGUCUUUUAUUCCGACUUAUGCCAAAGACUGAAUUAGUCUCAUCCUUGAAACGGACUGCGAAUGCUAUUUAUGAUAAAGGGGGCAUUUUGAGAAAACUAGAAAAUUUGGGCACAAGGGAUACUCCUCACAAAAUCAGUGCACAUGGGAUGGUUCAUCGCAAAGCGAGUUGCUUUGUUUAUGAAAUCAAUGUACCUCCAACAAAACUAGAAGACCUUAAUGAAGAAUUGGGUCGAGAUGUUGAUAUAGUCAGAAGACAUAUAUUCAAGAAAAAUACUUUUGAUGAGGUGAAAGAGUGUACCUUGCAUGAAGAGAUGCUACCUGUACCAUAUAGAAAAGAUGUCCAGGAUUUGUUAGAGCAAGCUAGAAAAUUAGAUAAACCUAAAUUUGUAUAUGGGAAUAAUCUUGAUCACUAUCCGUUCCAGAAAUAAACAUAUAUAAAAUACAGUGUGAAUGUGAAAACAAAAUGAAGAAAAGGUAGAUGAAAUAAACGAUGAAACUUU